AAGCUGCUCCUGCCCCUGCGCCUGCACCCUUUCCCACUCACGCCUCAGCAGCAUCGCCUCCCCUGAACUCUCGCUCUUCCAACAACGACAGCCAAGCACCAGCAUCUCAGUCCCACUCCUCUCGCACGUCCUCGUCCAGCUUCACCGCCUCCAAGAAUGUGACCGACGCAGAGGGCAACGCCUUCCGUCCUACGCGACGCGUUCGUGAGGCUAUUGGAGGUGGUAGCGAGCAGAUUGCUGGCCUGUUCGGAGGGGGAGACGAGAAUGACGACUAUCAGGAGAGGAGGAGGAGGUGAGCGAGCCAGAGCUGAGGUGACAAAGAAGAGGGCUCGAGCGCAGAUAUGUGCGCUGGAGUGAGAAGGUACAGAGCUCAUGACGUUUCCCCACUGCUCCUUCCCUCAUGUCACGCCAUGGCUUCGCUUCACAUUGAUACCAUACAAAUCGAAACGUGCUUCACCUACAUCUGUAACCUCUCACAGUCCCGCAGCUAGCUCAUCGUCUCAACUACCUCAAGCACCCCUCGUAUCCACCCCUCAACCCCCACGCCGCGGCCUCUUCAUCGCCCUCGAAGGUCUGGAUCGCGCCGGCAAAUCAACGCAGAUUGCGCGCCUCCACGACCAGCUUGGCGGGCCCUCCCGCACCACCCUCCUCAAGUUCCCCGAUCGUACCACUCCCAUCGGGAAGCUCCUCCACUCCUACUUGACGAGCCCGCAAGAGCAGCUGGACGAUCGAGCGGUGCAUCUCCUCUUUGCUGCGAAUAGGUGGGAGGUAGCGGCGAGGAUAAGGAGGGAGGUGGAGCAGGAGGGGAGGAUCGUCCUUGCGGAUCGGUACGCUUGGAGUGGGGUGGCUUAUAGUCGGGCGAAGGGUCUGCCCCUCUCCUGGCUCUUCUCCCCAGAGCUUGGUCUGCCCCUCCCCGACCUCACUCUUUUCUUAUCGCUUGACCCAGCGGUAGCAGCACAGCGCGGCGGGUAUGGUGAGGAGCGUUAUGAGGAAUCGGGGAUGCAGCGUCGGGUGCGCAAGAGCUUCGGCGAGGUGGCGAGGGUUGUGAGUGGGAGUGGGGCAAAUUGGAGGGAAUUGGAUGCUGGGAGGGGCGGGGUGGAGGAAGUUUGGGAGAUGGUGUGGGGGGCGGUUAGAGGGGUUGUGGAUGGGGAGAGGAGGCAAGCGCUCAAUGAGAUUGAUGUGAGGGUAUGAGGAGAGCGAUUGGAAUUGAAUAUUAGCGUCAUCACUAGCAUUACUGGGUCUUCGUACGCCGCGACUGUGAUGUCGAAAGCUGCGCUGCACCGCUCCUGUACAGGCCUAGCAGCAGCAAGGCGUUGCUUGCGCAG